AUGCGCUUCUCUUGGUUAUGGUGCCCACUUCUUGCGCUGGGAAGUGCUCUUCCUGAAAAGAAGACGGAUGUUUCGACUUACACCAACCCGGUGCUUCCAGGAUGGCACUCAGACCCAUCAUGCAUCCAGAGAGAUGGCCUCUUUCUCUGUGUUACUUCAACUUUCAUCUCGUUCCCAGGUCUUCCCGUUUAUGCUUCAAGAGACCUAGUCAACUGGCGUCUUAUCAGCCAUGUUUGGAACCGUGAGAAACAGCUCCCAGGCAUCAGCUGGAAGACUGUUGGACAGCAGCAGGGGAUGUACGCACCAACCAUUCGAUACCAUAAGGGAACAUACUACGUCAUUUGCGAGUACCUAGGCGUUGGAGAUAUCAUUGGUGUCAUCUUCAAGACCACUAACCCCUGGGACGAAAGUAGCUGGAGUGACCCUGUUACCUUCAAGCCAACUCACAUUGACCCCGAUCUAUUCUGGGACGACGAUGGAAAGGUUUAUUGUGCUACCCAUGGCAUCACUCUGCAGGAGCUUGAUCUGGAAACAGGAAAGCUUAGCCCCGAGCUCAACAUUUGGAACGGCACAGGCGGCGUAUGGCCCGAGGGACCCCAUAUCUACAAGCGCGACGGUUACUACUAUCUCAUGAUCGCCGAGGGUGGAACUGCUGAAGACCAUGCUAUCACCAUCGCUCGAGCCCGCAAGAUCACCGGUCCAUAUGAAGCAUACAAGAACAACCCGAUCUUGACCAACCGCGGAACAUCUGAGUACUUCCAGACCGUCGGUCACGGUGACCUGUUCCAAGAUACCAAGGGCAACUGGUGGGGUCUUUGUCUGGCUACUCGCAUCACAGCGUCUGGAGUUUCACCCAUGGGCCGUGAAGCCGUUCUCUUCAAUGGCACAUGGAACAAGGGCGAAUGGCCCAAGUUGCAACCAGUUCGAGGCCGCAUGCCUGGAAACCUUCUCCCAAAGCCGACGCGAAACGUUCCUGGAGAUGGACCCUUCAACGCCGACCCAGAUAACUACAACCUGAAGAAGGCUAAAAAAAUUCCACCUCACUUUGUUCAUCACCGCGUCCCCAGAGAGGGUGCUUUCUCUCUGUCUGCCCAGGGUCUGCAUAUCGUGCCGAGUCGCAAUAACGUUACCGGUAGCCUUCUAGCUGGAGACGAGAUUGAGCUCUCAGGACAGCGGGGCUUGGCCUUCAUUGGUCGUCGACAAACUCACACUCUCUUCAAGUAUAGUGUCGAUAUCGACUUUAAGCCCAAGUCAGAUGACCAGGAGGCUGGUAUCACCGUUUUCCGAACGCAGCUCGAUCAUAUUGACCUUGGCAUUGUUCGUCUCCCGACCAAGCAAGGUAGCAACAAGAAGUCCAAGCUCGCGUUCAGAUUCCGAGCCACUGGAGCUCAGAAUGUUCCUGCACCAAAGGUAGUACCGGUCCCCGAUGGCUGGGAGAAGGGUGUAAUUACUCUACAUAUUGAGGCAGCAAACGCGACGCACUACAACCUUGGAGCAUCAAGCCGCGGAGGUAAGACUCUCAACAUCGCGACAGCAUCGGCAAGUCUCGUUAGUGGAGGUAUGGGUCAAUUUGUCGGCAGCUUGCUUGGGCCUUAUGCUACCUGCAACGGCAAAGGAUCUGGGGUGGACUGUCCUAAGGGAGGCGAUGUCUAUGUGAGCCAAUGGACCUACAAGCCAGUGGCCCAAGAGAUUGACCAUGGCGUUUUUGUCAAACCAGAAUUGUAGUUUACCAAUACAGCCUGCCCUUUGAGACAA